CGUAAAAACUACCGUCAAACCGUGUGCAGGCACUGGCUGCGAAACUUGUGCAUGAAGGGCAACGCGUGCGGGUUCCUGCACCAGUUCGACAAGUCCCGCAUGCCCACGUGUCGGUUUUUCGCAAAGUACGGCGAGUGCAAGGAACCGGAUUGUCCGUACAAGCACUCGUUGGAGGACAUGAAGGAUUGCAACAUGUACAAGCUCGGGUUCUGCAUUCACGGGUCGCUGUGCAGGUUUAGACACGUG